AGCUUAACACUAUUGGAUGUCUGUGUUUUCCCUGACGUUCAUAGUGCCGCACCCUGAACCUCCCACAUCUACAUCCUCACUCUGCACGAUAAAUAUAUAUUUUUUAUUUAAUUUCCUGCAGCAGUUGGAGGGCAGGAAGGAUAACGCUUCGGCACCUUCCCGGACAGGUUUUGAGCCAGACAUGGGAGAGGAUCCACGGCAACUCGCUCUAUGACACGAACACACAGGGCGGGAAGGAUGGCUCUCACCAGCCGGGAGAUGUUGAGCUUGAUCGGAAGCGCCUGCCUCUGGCUGCCGCUGUUUGCGGAGAUGGUGGCCCAGGACAGCUACCUAAACGAGGUGCAGAACUCAGUACCACUGACCUGCUCUGAGGGAUUCACUGAGUUGGGAUACUACAACGGCACAGUGUCCCAGACAGACUCUGGUGCUCCUUGUCUGAAAUGGACUGAAUUUCCAGACUAUGUCAUGCAGUACCCGGGUCGCGGGCUGGGUGACCACAGCUAUUGCAGGAACCCGGACCGUGAGUCCAACCCCUGGUGCUUCUUUAGGCAAAACUCAGGAGCUAUCGGCUGGGCUUACUGCGACUGCCACCAAGGAGCAGUUCGUCUGGUUGGCAGCUCAUCUUCCGACAGUGGGAGGGUUGAAGUUUACCUGAAUGGGCAGUGGGGGGCGUUGUGCAAUUCCCACUGGACAGACCGAGAUGCAAGUGUGAUCUGCCGGCAGCUGGGUCUGGGUGAUAUUGGUACAGCGCUGCAGCUCUCCCAGUUUGGCUCAGGCUCUGGUCUCUUCCAUUAUGAACGUCUGGGCUGCCGUGGAGAUGAGGACACUCUGAGUAAGUGUCGAAGCAGGACGUUCGUCACCGGUGACUGCAGCCAUGGAAAUGAGGCGGCCGUGGUGUGUGCGCCACCUGAAGGGAGUGGUCCUCCGCUGCGUUUGGUGGGAGGCGAGGAAGACUUCGAAGGUCGUGUGGAAGUGUUUCACGGAGGCCGGUGGGGCUCAGUCUGUGAUGACCAGUGGGAUGACAGAGAUGCUGAGGUGGUGUGCAGACAGCUCGGUUUUGGGGGUGUAGCGAAGGCCUGGUCAUGGGCUCACUUUGGGCAGGGUUUAGGUCCCAUCCUGCUCGAUGCCAUGAAGUGCACAGGAAACGAGCUGUUCCUGGAUCAGUGCCCCCACGGUGACUGGGAGCAGCACAACUGCGACCACAUGGAGGACGCUGGGGUCUCCUGCAGCCCUUAUACAGAUGGGGUUGUGCGUCUGGUUGGAGGCGACACCCCCUGGGAGGGUCGAGUGGAAGUGUUUCACAACAGUGACUGGGGGACGGUGUGUGACGACCACUGGAGGCAGCAGCAUGCAGAGGUGGUCUGCAGACAGCUGGGAUACAGGGGUCAUGCUGAGGUCGUAGCAGAGGGGAUGUUCGGGGAGGGCACGGGUCUCAUCCUCCUGGACGACGUCCAAUGCGAGGGAUCCGAGACAUCCCUGCUGGACUGUCGGCAUGGCAUCUGGGGACGGACCGAUUGCUCCCACAGCGAGGACGUCGGGAUUCGCUGCAGAGGAAGAUCCAGCCAGGAGACCAAUGAAGUGCCAGUAAUUGCACCUUCAACAGGACCCCUGGUGCGUCUCAUGGGUGGCAGCAGCAGGAAGGAAGGUCGAGUUGAGGUGUAUCUCCAUGGAGACUGGGGAAGUAUUUGUGACUCGGGAUGGAACGACCUCAACGCCGCUGUGGUGUGCAGACAACUUGGACACAGUGGUGGAGCGGUUGUAGCCGGAGGGUUCGGUCAGGGGAAAGGGCCCAUCCACCUGGACCAGGUGAGGUGCACCGGGAAGGAGGAGUUCCUGGGAGAGUGCCCUUCACUUGGCCUGAACAUCCAGGGCUGCAGACGCAGGGAGGAUGCAGGGGUGAGGUGUGAUGUUGCGCCGCGGGAGGCGGCUGUGAAGUCCAAACCUCGGGAGGAGAGCUGUGGGCUGAGGAAGCUGGUGGAGGUUGAGGGGAAGCCAGGAAAUCAAGGAAAAGGGAACAUGCUCAGGACGACAUGGCCCUGGCAGGUGUCAGUGUGGCUUCAGUCUCAAGAAGGAGCUGGCGGUCCGCUCUGCAGCGGGACUCUUAUCAGCCCCUGCUGGGCGCUGACGUCUGCAUCCUGUCUCAGCAGGUUCGGCAGCAAUCCGUCCAUAUACGUGGUUCAGGUCGGGGCAUCGGAGCAGACUCUCAAACCGGAGCAGGUGGUGGUUCACAGGAAGUUCAAGGGUCAGAGUGGAGGCCACGACCUUGCGAUGCUGAAGCUGCCCAGCGCCAAGGGCCACUGUGUGACCUUUGAACCCAACACAAACGCAGCCUGCCUACCUGCUGAAGACUCUGCAGCAGGGGCAAAGACUGCAUCAUCCUGUGUUGUCAUGGUUGCCACAAGCUGGACAGGACCAGACUCAGUCAUUGCUUCCUGGGUCCCUCUGAUGUCAUCGUGGCAGUGUAAGAAACGCUUUGGCAACAGCUUCUCCAGUCACGGCACGUUGUGCGCCGGCAGUCCCCCGGACACCAGCCUCCUUCACGACGAUGGUUGCCAGGGCAACUCUGGAGGCGGGCUGUUGUGCCAGGAGGAGUCAGGCCGAUGGGUCGUCACUGGGGUCGUUGCCGGGGGCUACAGCUGCUCCGACCCGUCCUCCCCGGCGCUGUACACCCGGGUGAGCCGCUUCAGGAGCUGGAUCGAUGAAGUCAUCAACACGCACUCGCAUCUGGAAGAGGCGCCUGCACCCACAGCGACGCAAAAAAAUCCCACACGCAAUGAUGAUGACAUUUCACGCACACACGAUGAACACUCCGACACACACCAAGAGCUCCUACAGAAACACACACAUGCUCAUGCACACACUCAUAAGCAGCCAAGCUUCAAGAGCACACACAUGUUUCACACAGAGGAUGCAGACAAAAACAAACAGAUUGAGGUCUGAUUGAGGCCGUGCCAUUGGCUACCACCUGUGCCAUGUGACCACCUGAAGUGAGGAAGUAGCUUAAAGUUUCCUUAUUGAAGAAUUUUGACCAACAGAUUUAAGAUUUGCAGAGGCAGAAAUUGACGUUUGGAAUGAUCCAGAUUAAACAGCAUGUUAAUAAUCAGGGACAAAUCAGAACAGCAUGUAAUUACAGGACAAAACGUAUCUGAGGGACUUACUGAACAUGGUCGCACAUUAAUCUAUGCUAAUCUAAUUUAUUUAGUUGUGCUCUGUGUGAGUUAUUUGGAAAAUAGUGAAAUUUUAACAAACGAACAUCUAAUGUUUAGGCUGUCUGUGUAUGAAUCAUGUAGAUAAAGUCCUGCAGCAGACCAGGGCCAUCCCGGAUGAGCUUUAUAUAAAACUUAAUGUGUGUUUAUUUUUCGAACAGGGCUCAUCUCUUCAGGGUGUUGUCUUAAAAAGUGAAAGUGCUGUAGGUAAUUUAGCAGUUUAACUCAGGACCAUACCACUGCUUUAGCAUGUGUAUUUGUAUUUAAAACCACUGACCUGCAUUGUACGGUAAUUUACUGCUAAUUCUCAGCUGAAAAGAAUAAAUUUCUGUUAGUGUUUUAGUGAGGGAAGCAUAUGAUAUUAUUUGCUGUCAAUUUGCUGUGUUGUUAGUCCACCACAGGGGGAGCUGCAGCAUCAACAGCCUCCCACUAAAGACCCAACACAGGCUACAUUCAGAAAGGUUCCUACACAAUCUGGAAAAGUCUGCAAUUUGACUUUUUUGCAGGUCUGGAUAUGGAUGAAAAAAGAAAAUAAAAUAUGCAAAAAUAUUUGUAAUUCCAUACUUUUUCCCUCCCUUUCUUUGUUCCUUCCUUCUUUCUUUCCUUGGUUCUUUCAGUGUUUCCCUCUGUCCUUCCUUUAAUCUUUCCUUCCUUCCUUAUGUUCUCUCAUCCUUUCAUUUUUUUCUCCUCCCUCACUUGCAUCAUCCUUCCUUCCUCCCUUCCUUCCUUCCAUUCUCCCUUCCUUUUCUCCUUUACUUUUCUCCUUUUUUUCUCCUACCUUCCUAGUUCUGUAGUUAAAGGGUGACCAUUGCAGAAAUUUCUGCCAUUUAUUAAAAAUGAACAAGAGACGGAGAGCUGUGGAAAUGUGGGAAUUCUGAUAUUUCACAAAAACAAUGUGUAGAAACCCUGAUAUUUAUGUUAAUUGAUAAUUUACUUGUUUACUCGAGUAAAACAAUUAAAAAGGAGUUUAACAAAUAAACGCCACAUUACUUCCCAAGAUAAUGCACAAAACUAAGCUGAAAUACAGUAGUAUAGCAGCAGUUAAAGGGGCAGUACAGUCUUUAUCUGUAUUUAAAAUCAGCAAAAACAUUGGUAUGGUCCUGUAAGUCUGUACAGGGAAAUUCUCUGGUUUGAAAGCCAUUGGAAGCCAACAGUCAUGUGAUAAAUAUCCUUUUUGUAUCGCUCUAGACAAAUACAGUAGAUAGUUUCUCAGAUAGAUGCAUAGAUAGCUGCUGCUGCUGAGUUUAGAUAGUGUUAGAUAGCCAACCUUGCUGAGGCUUUUUCUGUUAUUCCCUGAGCAGAUGUGUGCUCUGAGCAGAAGGUGGCGACGUUGCUCUAUUUUCACAGGGCCACCCGCUGCCAAAAGACCAGGUCAUGAUGUUGUUUUUAUACGGUUGCAGUAAGUGUACGGACUUGUGUUGAUGUGCUGUGAAUCAUUGUAUCGUGAAGCAUCUUGUAAACUGUUACUGCCUGUCCUGAGCCUGUUGUUCAGAUGUACAUAAAUCCUCUCCUGCAGUGAUCUCUUGUACAUACAGUUUGUCUCUGAGAUGGGAGGCUGCAGGGUGAAUAAACUUGUGUUGAACCCAUCCUCUACUCCCUGGUGUACUGUGCUGAGUCAUGGCUGAGUAUUAAAGAAUUUGCUGACUACAA